AUGUAUCCACCCGCGCCAUACUAUGCUCCACCUCCACCAGCGUAUUACGCACCACCACUAAUGCCGCCACCUCCAAAGCGGUACUCUCCGUGGCUGGUGCCGCUUAUCUUUUUGGUGAAUCUCGGGUUGUUCAUAUGGAUCAUGUAUGAGAAUAAUUGCCCGUCUAAAAUUUCAAAGGAUCAAUGCAUGUUAGGCCAGUAUUUGGAUAGGUUCUCUUUCCAACCCUGGAAAGAUAACCGCAUGGUUGGUCCUACCCCUGAAACACUUCAAAGACUAGGAGGCCUUGAUAGAAAACUAGUUGUGGAUGGUGAACCAUGGCGCCUUUUGUCCUCCAUGUGGCUACAUGCCGGGCUGAUUCAUCUGUUUGCCAACAUGCUCAGCCUUGAUUUUGUAGGACUUCGGCUUGAGCGGGACUUUGGAUUUCACAGAUUUGUAUUCGUGUAUGUGCUAGCUGGGUUAGGUGGAAAUUUAGCGUCUUGCCUUAAUAUUAUCAAACACGACUGGUCAAGCAAGACUAUAUCAGUUGGCGCAUCUGGGGCAAUUUUUGGAUUGUUGGGAGCUUCCCUUUCUGAGCUCAUCACAAACUGGACAGUCUAUGACGAUAAGUGCUCAACAAUCAUGAUACUCAUCCUCAAUGCUGCCCUCAACUUGGCUAUUGGGUUUCUACUUAAGAUGGACAACUCAGGUCAUGUAGGAGGACUCGUCACCGGAUUUUUCCUCGGUUUUGUUCUUUUUGUGAAGCCUCAGUUUGGAUAUGUAAGCAGCAAGUACAUUCCAUCAUACCAUCAAGUCAAACGUACAGCAAGGCACAACUUCUGUCAAUAUUUUCUAGGGCUCCUUGCUUUGGUCGUGUUGGUUAUUCUAUAUGGAGUUGGAGUUGGUAAGCUAUUCAACAUAAAGGAGAUUAAAGAGCAUCUGCCUGACAGCGUAAAAAACUAUUGA